GCUUAUAGACCAAUUUUUUAUUUGUAAACAUUCGGAUGCGCGCGCAGGGUGGUGGCAGAAAACAGCGAAAGGGUAGUUAUUUAUAACGGCAAAAGGAUGCGCCACUCGGAUAAUAAUACAAGUAGCCUAGAUAGAUUUUUAAAAGAUUAUAGUUAAUAUUGAUUAGAUCUGAUUAGUAAAAUGUUUUCGACAUAUUUCAAUAGCCUGUCACCCAGUGAUAAACACUGUUAUUUAGCCAAAUUGACGUUAGUGGGCAGUGGGAUACGUCUUCCAGAUCCGUUUGCCAUAGCACCUUGUCAAUGGUUAAAUGAUGAAACGAAAUGGCCUAGCAUCCAGUGGCCAGAGAUUUAUAAUUACCUAAUCGAAACUCCAAGUGUAUAUACCCGGGAGAAGCUAAAAGCGUACAAGUCUCUGGAUGCUUACAAUUUUGUUCUGUGUGGUCAUGUCCAAGACAUACUAUGGCAUGAUUACAAUGUUCAAAACUUCGUUGUGAUGAAGACGGAGGUUCUGCCUAGCCAAAGACAGGGAAAGAAGACAGAAUUGUACAAGGCCUGGGUUAUCGUCAACAAGACCAACAACUGUAUUCUUACUGCGAACUGCACCUGUAUGGCUGGAACUGACAGAUGAAGACAUUGCGGAAUUGAAACUACUGGCACCUAACGCAGCUGUACUCACUACCAUGGAGCUCAGUGACACAGAUUCCGCAACAGAAUCUGACGCAGAGGCCGAAGACCUCCCAGAGCCACUAGUAGCUCUGUAUGAUGCCAAUCUGAGAUGCCUCUGCAAAAAUCAACUACAAGAGAGGAGUGAAGAGACUUUUGAAAAACUGAGGAAGGGGUUAACUAAUGAGCAGUGUGUAAACCUUGAGCUUACAACAAAAAAUCAGGCACAGUCUCAGGCCUGGCACACACACAGAAAUGGAAGGAUAACAAGCACAACCCUACAUCGUGUAUACACUGUAGUAACCGAAACAGCUAAACUAAACCUUGUAAAACAGGUAAUGCACUACAAUAAACAAGACUUGUCCCAUGUGCCAGCAGUACUUUGGGGAAGAGAUAUGGAGGACACAGCCAGAAGACAAUACACAGAAAUAAUGAAAGCACAACAUUCCAACUUUGAAGUGGAGCUUUGCGGUCUUGUUGUGCGGCCAGACAAACCACAUCUUGGGGCAUCGCCGGAUGGAAUAGCAAACUGUACCUGCUGUGGGAAAGCAACCCUAGAGAUUAAGUGUCCAUACAAAUACCGUGAUGGUCUUACAGGGAGUAGCGAGGACACACAGUUCUGCUUAGACAAAGCACUACAAUUAAAGAAGAAUCAUGGAUACUACCAUCAAGUUCAGCUACACAUGUUCGUAUGCAACACCCAGUACUGCGACUUUGUGGUUUGGACAAAGCAAGUUGUUGCUAUCAACCGCAUCACCAGAGAUGAAGAAAUGCUACAAGCAGUCCUGCCUAAAGCUGAAAAGUUCUUCAAACAGAGUAUUUUGCCUGAGCUGUUAACACGCAGCAUGGAUCCACUGAUGCAGUCACCUACAGUCUGCUCACACUGUCAAAGGCCAGACUUUGGAAUGAUGAUUGACUGUGCAAAGUGCAAGAACCAUUUCCACUACACAUGUGCCAGAGUAAGAAGAAAGGUUGUGGAUUGGUGUUGUGAACAGUGCAAAAAAAAAAAAGUCAGAAUGAAAUGUUCUUCGAAGCAAAUGAUUUAAUACAGUACUAAUAUUUUAAAUUUUAACACUUGAAUGUGCAAUUAAUUGUGUUGAUGACAAUAAACAGUUACUUACAGAAUAAAUCUAAAUUAAGCUAUUUUGGGACUAUACAUUUACAAAGGUUUGUUAGUGCUCCACAAACAAUCACUAUAUCAUCUAACAGGUCAACCUGUGUGAGUGGAAUAAUAGUUGUCAGAAUUUUAAAAUUUUUCCAUCUACCUAUUAUUCGUUCAAUGUGUAUUCUCACAUUAGACAAACGCCUUGAUAUGUCCACUUCUUGAGCAGAGAGCUGCUUUUUACCUUUGGUAAAGUGAGGGAUCCUAAGUGUGGCACCACGUGUGGCAAGCUCAUCUCUGAUGGUAAAACCCUGAUCUGCUAGUAUCUCAUCAUUAUGCUCUAGAAGGUCAUAAAAUCCAGACUCAGCUGUAAUUUGUUUGUCUGAAACUCGCCCACCCCAACCUGCCGACAGAAAAGAAAUGGCUCCUGAAGGUGACAUGCCAAUCAAAUAUUUAAUAGUGUUGUGGCUUUUAUAAUUCGAGUACGUCUGGGCUCUGGAGGUUAAAUUUGUGGGUCUAUUGAUAAAAAUUUCUGUACAGUCAAUAAUGCACCUGCAAUGUUUAUAUUUAGGUUUAAAACAUUUUGGCAUAUUCUUUAAUACUGCAUGCUUGCUUGGCCACUUUAUGAGAGGCUUUAAAGUCGCAGACAUAACAGGGAG